CGGAGAUUAACGCACUUUUUAAGUUGGAAUUUCGAAUGUUGAAGCGAGUGGCUCCGCUUUUGGCCGGCGUCCAGCGCCGCUUCGCGAGCAUCGACACGGGCUGGCCGACCCGCAAGGUCGUCGAGAACCACAGCGCGCGCGGCAAGUACGAGGUCGUCAAGGAGCUCGAGGUCGGCCUCGUGCUCGUGGCCUCCGAGGUUAAGAGCAUCCGCGACGGCAACUGCGAUAUCUCGGCUGCCUUUGCCGCCGAGUACGCCGGCGAGCUCUACCUGCAUCAAAUGUACAUUCCCGUCUGGCGACAUGGCAUCAUUGGGCGCCACGAGACGUACCGCGAGCGCAAGAUCCUCGCCCAUCGGCACGAGAUCAAGCGCAUCAUCGAGUUUGCUCGGCAGCCCAACGCGCACUUGGUGCCUCUGCGCGUGCACCUGGGCACGACCAACUGGAUCAAGAUCCAACUGGGUCUCUGCACCAAGAAGAAGGGCCCCGACACUCGCAAGCGCGAAGACGAGCGCGACGUAAAGCAGCAGAUUCGCCGCGCGCUGAAAAGCGACGACUACUAACUAGACUUGACUUCCUUGCGCUGCGUGCAUGCAUCUAGCACAUGACACGCCCAACGACGCACUUGCUGCCAGUGAUACCGACAACUGUUGCCAGUAUGGUCAGUCGCCGCCUCGAAGCGCCGCACACGCGAUGCUCUGCGCGUGCGUCACUGUGGGCACUGCGGUGUUACGUGGCAAGCCGCCCGUACAGUACGACAAUCCAACCCCACGAGGUAUCCAUCGUGUCCAUGUCCCGUCGGCGGUGCAGCUCUGGACCACGACGACGACGGCCUUGCCGAGGGCUUGCCCAUCCUGUCGUGUCCUGCGAUAGUAUGACCAACGGGUGCGUCACACGGUUCAGAUGGCACCAUUGGACCAAUCAACGCGCAUGGCGGGUGGUAUUUCAG